GUUGUGCUAGUUUAGGCUUUAAUCAUCUUUCUUCUUUGAACUUGUUAAUGUUGACGGAGGAUUGAAGAGCAUUUGGGUCUGUAUCUUAAACAAUGUUGCCGUUUUAAUAAUGUAUCAUUUUUUCAGCCUAUUUCAAUUUCAUUUAGGUAUAUUAUAUAUGUACAGUUUUGUCGACCAUAAUAGACUUGUGUUCUUCAAAUGCAGUGAGUAGAUAUCAAUCCCAAGUAUCUCCCAAUAAACCCUCAAGAAAAGCUUUCCAAUUCAAUCAAGAUAAUUAUGUCAGGUGUUCCAGAAUCAAUUGUUCCUUCGCAAUCAUCUCGAGGAACCAAAAGGAAAUGGGUUCCAGAAGAAGAUGCAGCACUAGUUUCCUGCAUGGUGGACUUGCACAAUGUUGGGACAUUUAACGCUGAUACGGGGUUCAAAGCCGGUUACUUAAACGAGUUAGAAAAAAUGUUAGAGAAGGCUUUACCCAAUGCGAUGUUGAAGGCAAGACCUAAUAUCGAGUCAAGGAUUAGGUUAUGAAAAGAGAUUGGUCAAUAGUGUAUGACAUGCUUAAUGGCCAAAACAAUAGCGAUUUUGGUUGGGACGACCAUAGGCAGGUCAUUGUUGCUGAAGAUGCGGUUUGGGACUCUUAUUUAAAGAGUCAUAAAGAAGCCGGUCAGUUCAAACAUCGUAGUUUCCCUUACUACGACCAACUUACUGCCAUAUACGCAAAAGAUCGAGCGACUGAGAAAGACGCUCAAACAGCCGCUGACGUUCAUGAAGAAAUAAAUGCUGAGGAUGUACCUUCUGCAGAUAUUAAUGAAGACAGAAACAAAUAGUAUGAUUGUGAUGCUAAUGUCUCUUUCGAUGACAUGGAUGUUGCUACCACGGAGCCGCAAACAGACAAAAACCAAGGGGGUUCCUCAUCUUCAAAGAGGAAAAAAAAGAAUUCUGAUGCAACUGGUCAUUUUUCUUCUUCAGUUAAUGAUGCUGCCACUUUAUUGGCUGAAAA